AUGCGCACACCCGGCCUUAGGAGCCUCUUCUCCCUGCCACCCAUUGAUACACGGACGUUCACCACCUCGUGGCUGCUCCCACCGCUUCUCCUCUCGCUGCUCCGUCUACUCGUCUUCACCUACGCCCUCGCGACACAAGUCGCCAAUUGGAUCUACGAUGGCACGCACGCGUCCGCCCGUGCCAUCGGACGCGAGUUCAGCUAUUUCACCGUGCUGACCUUCUGGGGCAUUCUCUUCUACUCUCUCGUCGCCGGUGUGCAUACUCUGGUCUACAGCAUCAAAGGCCGCGCAUGGCUUGACAGCUGGCCACGGGUGCUGCAAGACCUGCAUUCAUUCUUCUACACGACCGUCGUGACGCUGCCGAUCCUCGUGACUCUGGUGUACUGGAUUGUGCUGUACGAUGGGCCGUGGUUCCCCAUCGUUUUUGACGGCUGGUCGAAUAUCUCCCGCCACGCCCUCAACUCCCUCUUCGCUCUGCUCGAAAUCAUCCUUCCUGCGACCCAUCCUCCGCCCUUGCUGCACCUCGUUGGACUCAUUGUCCUGUUGCUCCUCUACCUGGCGCUAGCCUACUUGACGCACGCCACGCAGCAUUUCUACGUCUACGACUUUUUGGACCCGGGUAAUGGCUCAGGGAAAGUAACAGCAUACUGUUUCGGCAUUGCAGCCGCCAUCAUCGUGGUUUUCGUUGUCGUCUGUCUUUUGCUCUGGCUGAGGGAGAGGUUCACAAGGGACGGCAAAAGGAGCAAAAGGGACACCCCAAGGCCCCUGUCGGUGGUGGACGACGCAGAGGUGGAGAUGAGCGUGGAUAUUGGCCGGGUAAAGUAG